UAUAAACAUGAACAGACUUACUGUGAAUUUAAUCUUAACUUUUGUGGUGUCCUUUGUAAUAUGGCAGACCUUUACGUAUCAUUCGAUUCUAGAAAAAAUAUGCGGCGAAAUUAGACAACAGCUCAAGAAACAGCUCCACGUAACGCUGCUCUACGAGUCCUUGUGUCCGGACAGCAGAAACUUCAUGCACCAGCUGGGACCCGUUUACGAGGAGUUCCAGGACUACCUUGACAUCUUACUAGUGCCCUUUGGCAAAUCCCAGUCGGAGCGGAAUGGAGCCAUCUUCCACUGCCAGCACGGACCGGCCGAGUGCAAGGGCAAUCGCCUCCAGAGUUGCGUCAUCAACAGCACCGGAAACCAGGCGGCCCAGGUGAAAUUCGUGGUUUGCCAGAUGCUGGCUCCGGAUUACUCCCGCAUCGAUCAGUGUGCCAAUGAGGCGGGCCUGCUCACCGAUGUUGUCCACUGCCUGUCCAGCGAGACGGGCACCAAAUUGCAGCUGCAGGCGGAGCUGGUGACCAAACAGUACAGCCCGAGCUUCAUUCCCACCAUCGUCUACAAUGGCGUCUUCGAUCAGCAGCUGCAGGACCAUUCGCUGCGCGAUUUCCGCGGCACGGUUUGCUAUUUGUUGCGUCAACAAAACUUGCUGCCCAGCAGCAGCACAAUCUGCCAGUAGAUCUGCUAAAUGUUCAAUGUAACUGCCUCAAGUUUGGAAUGAAAUUAAAAUUCAGAAACUGGUUUCUUCGACCGAA